AAGAGAGUGAAGACUUUGAUGUUUCCACAAGAAUAGGUAUUAACUUUGUCUGAAUGUAGUUUUUCUCCGUGUUGUCGGAGUAAAAAAUAGAAUGCGGCUACGCUUCUCUUUAUGAGAGACUCACCUGUGUACCAAAGAGCAGACUUCUAGUAGAGUUCAACAUCAAUGUUAUCAUGUCUUUCCUCCCUGUCGUUGUUUCCUCUUGUUGCGUCCCGUAGCUCCUGCUCCUUGUAAGAGAGCGUGGCCACCUUCUUGAGCUUCUGACUCUCGCUUAAGUAAACGGGCACGACUUUCCGCUACGCCACUAUACCACGAGGACACCCGAGAGCAUCCUCAAGCUCCCCGUAAAUACGUAAAUAGUAACCAGAAGCCAGCAAGAUGGCGAAAGUAAUGAAGCCAACAACGGGUACUAGUGCGGCUAGCUCCAGCACCUCACCUGGAAAAAUGCUGUCGUCCAUCAAUAACGAUCAGAGUUAAGACUUCUUCAUGAUGUGGUCUAUUUCUAAUAGAAUAACAAUUUAGGUGCUAGUGCUGAGCAAAAUACAAGAUGAAAAAUAGGAAUGUGACCCAGCAUUAUCGUACCACUGUGGCUAGCAAUAAUCCUCGGAGGCGAAAAUCCUAUAAUUUAUGUUACCUUUCCGUUUCCUCACAGGCAAAAGCAGCACAUGGUCCAUCGCUCUAACUUUUCAGCCUUCUUUUGGCGAUGCAGAAGUACAUCGAGCUUAUGCUGGACCGCGUUCCCGGGAUGAAGGUGCUUUUGCUGGACCAAGAGACCACAGGGAUUGUCUCUAUGGUAUAUUCACAGAGCCAGAUACUAGAAAAAGAGGUCUUCUUAGUGGAGAAGAUUGAGUUAUGGAGGAGUGUUUAGUAGCGGCAUUUGCUUGUUGAAUUUCGUAGUAGUAUUUGCUCCUAUGUAAGUCUAGUCCUACUAGAUGAACUUGCAGCAACAAAAAAGACGAACUAUAACAUUAGUACUCCUCCUGUGCGUCUAUUGAUGUCUGGAAUGAAUAGAACGAAAGUCCUUCCGCGUCUAACAAAGAACGAAAACCAGGAGAAGAUGGGGCACCUGAGUGUCAUAUGUCUGUUGAGGCCGACGGACAAAAAUUUCAUGCUGCUGUCCAAACACUUGAAGACUAUGAGGAAAAAUGUAGACUCAGCGCACUUGUAGUUCAUUUGUCUCUUUGAAUAGGUUGUGGGAGCUGGGCCAGUCAGUAGGUGGGACCAGGUAGACCGGCACUCGGUAGACCCAGGGCGACCAACUUCUAUAAUUCAGGAAUCAUCAUUAGGAUCAGGUCUCUUUCAUCUUCACUCAAUCUGUUGACCUGCGAUCCUCUGUAUAUAAUCAUCUAAUCCCCACCCACGCUAUCGGAAUUACAGCGUGUUUUUCACGAACAGCGUGCCACACCAUAGAUUAGAGCAGUUGGCUUGUUGUGACGAACGGGAAGUCGUGGUACAAGUCCAGGAAAUCUUUGCCGAUGUAUAUGCAACAGCGCAUUCACUCUUCAGCUUGAACCAACCGAGCAACAUCUGGAUGAGCCUGAGGAACCCUGUACACUGGACUGCCUACGAAGAAAGUACUACUUCACAGCUUACUGUUGAUGAUUUUAGUACUGAAUUAUAGUGUAUAUGUAGUAUGCUCCUGACAAAAUUGGAACCAGAUUGAGGCGUAAUUCUGUCUAAGAUUCAAAUUACUUAGUACUGAAUUACAGGAGCUUAGUGAUAAUUACUUAGUACUGAACUAUAGUGCAAAAAUAUGGUGUACUUUUAGGAAGAGAAAGCAGCACUGUACAGUCACUGGUGGACAACAUAUGUCCACCGAAAAAGUGUGUCUAUCAUGAUCAUCUCGCUCACAUUUCCCACAAGAACUCCUACACGACAGGUAUCUUCCAAAGACACAUAGAAGGGUUGCUUGCCGUUCUCUUGUCACUCCAGUCUAUUGACGGUGCGAAGCCGGUGGUACGGUAUGCGCAUGGAAGUGUUAUAUCGCAGAAGCUAGCGCACGAGCUCUCACAAAGAAUACACGACGAGCAUACUUUGUUCGGUACUAGUACAGCAGGUGCGCAUUGUCAUCAUAUCUAUGGUGUAGGUGUUAAGAUAGCGUAUCGUUGUACGAAAAUAUUUAGGUGUGCUAAAAAAACUAAGAACACGACAACCAUGACAACCAGGUGGUCUCAACAACGCAGCUACAUCAUCUAGUCGAACCUUGCUGAUAUACGAUAGGAGAGACGACCCAGUGACGCCCUUGCUGAAUCAAUGGACUUAUCACGCGAUGGUGAACGAACUGCUGGGCAUAGAGAAUAAUAGAGUGGACUUGAGCAAGGUACUAUUAUAUUUUGCAAGAUUGAUUAGUGGCCUGUCAAUUCGGGGUAGGAUUCAUUUCUUGUGAUUGUGAUUCUCGUCAACGAGACAAGGUAAAUUUUUCUCUACGUUCAUUGCGGAGGUUGUUCCAUCUGAGAACUACAGAAGGAACUAAGUAACGGCUCAAUUAUCCACCUCACGACUAGAUUGUUACACCUACACGACUCUCUUUCCCUAAAUCGCAGGCACCUGGAGUCUCAGCUGAACAGAAGGAGCUUGUUAUAUCUACGUUACAUGAUCCAUUUUUCGAAGAAAAUAUAUACUCAAACUACGGCGAUCUUGGAGCAAGUAUUUUCAUUUGUUCUUUAGGAUUUUGUUGUUGUUCUCAAAGAGCAGACUGGAAGUUACUUAGACUGAUUUGAUCAUUGGAGGUGCCUGAUCGUGACAUGGCACCGUAAGACGACUAAAAAAAGUUGGUUCACUUAUGAUUCAAAUUUACUUACUUCACCACAUGUCUUUGUUGACUACAACUAGAACUAGGUAGAAAUAUCACAUGAACACGAACCACCGCCACCACAUCUACCACAGACAUCAAGAAAUAUCUCGCGGAAUUCCAAGAGCAGACAAAGAAUUCUCAGAGGAUAGAAACCGUUGACGACAUGAGGCGCUUUGUAGACACUUAUCCAGAGUUUCGAAGACUUUCCGGAAACGUUGCAAAACACGUGGCCGUUGUCAUCGAACUUAGUAUUAUGGUUCCGUGCAUGCGCUUUUUACUCAUGCUAAAUAGUGCAGAAGUAUUACUUGAAAAAAUACUGCUCUUAUUUUGUCUAAUCUUUUAUUCGCACAGCGAGUAUUUGAAUGAACCUUCCUAUCAAAGUCCAUUCCGCCCCGGGCUCCUCUGCAUAAUAAUUUAAUAAUAAUAGUUAGAAGUCUAAGUCGUAGAAAAGCGUGCAGUUGUGUAGGACGAAUGUUGAAAAAGUACACGCUUUCUUGUUUUCUUGCCCACCAAAGGGACAGUCCUCGUCGUCGUACAACUAUUUAGGAGCUCUAACCCGCGAAUAGUGCGAAGUUGCGGUCUUUUAGACGUAUCGCAGAUAGAACAAGACUUGGCCUGUACGGAUGCGAAGAGCGCGCAUUUUGACCAAGUUCUACAAAAGCUCCGCUCUCCUGACGUGAACAACAUGGAACGGCUAAGGCUGGUGCUGCUUUUUAGUCUGCGGUAUGAAAACGAACGAGGGGCCAUUGAAUCACUGAAAGUUAAGAUCAUGGACUCCAUUUAAGUACUUAGUCAUUGAAUUACAACUGAAAGUUAGGCACACUCAACGACCUCCUCAUGAACUACCCCGUUGAUAUGCAUUUGUAACUGUACGUACUGAAAUAUUCGCAGUCGGCUGCAUCAGUCGGACUCGGCUUUUUCUAACAUCCAAGAGCUUGCUCGCCACAAGAUCGACGUCGACCAGAUCGCACUUAUUGACUGUCUACUUCAGUACGCAGGUGCCAGUGUGCGUGGCGGUGACCUGUUUUCCAACAAAACAUGGCUAAAUUUACGGCUACUUGCAGCUCUGAUUUAUCUGUAGAGGUAGUUGAAAACUGCCCAAAGGCUCAACGUUGGCCUGGGUGGAGCAUAUGAACAUGAACAUUUAAAAAUCUUUGCUAUCUCCAUCCUUGCUUUCUCUACUUUCACGAGAAAGCAGACUCCGAAGAUCGGAAUAUGACUUCUUCCUCUAGGAAAUCACUUCCACGUUCUACACGUCGUCCACCUUCUAGUACACGUCCUCCACCUACACGAGGACCUCCGCUAAUCAAAGCAGGCAUGUCUCGACUAGCGAAGGGGUUGAACUUCAAAGGCAUAGAAAAUGUUUACACCCAACACACUUCUGCGGUAAAGUCGGUAGUGGACGCGCUGAUACGGGGUAGACUCCGUGAAUCCGAUUUCCCUUUCGCACCGUUGUUUUCAACGAAUAGCGCACUCUUAUGGGUUUGGUAUAAAGUAAGGUGUAUAGAGGGGUACCUAGUAUUGUUUUCAACGAGGAAUAGCGCAUAAUAUGGGUUUGGGUGUGGUGUAAAGAUAGAACAACUAGUAGUAGUACGGAUGCUUCAUUAACUACUACAACCACUACUAGUGCAACACUCUUUCUUAUGAAUGUCAUAGUGACGUGAAUGUUUUAUCUUCCGAGAGUCGUCCUGCCUCGUCGUGACUAUCAUGUAGCUCGUCUAGAAGUAGAAACUAGUACAGAGAAGCUGUUGAAGCGUGUGCGUAUCUCGCUGAUGCCGCAGCUCUAACUUUCGCCGCAAAAGCACCGGCAUCGAAUGUGGUUGUCUUCGUAGUUGGAGGUUGCACAUUCGAAGAGGCUAGAGAUAUGGCGCAGCUGAGUGCGGAGCAUAGAUGCAAAAUAGUCCUUGGAGGUUCGUGUUUGCACAGCAGCAAGUCUUUCCUAGCAGACGUUGCGCAGCUCAGCAGAGCAAGAUACUAGAUCGAUGGUGGAGUCUAGAAGGAGAAGGAGUCUACUGAGGGGAAGUACUGAAAAUAUUGAGGAACAAUAAGGAGCAGUAUGUUAAUGCGUCUCCGUUGUAGAAGAUGCUUACUUCUGAUUGUUAUAAAGGUAGACAGAGUGGAGAGGCAAAGGCUUUUCUCUAGUUGAACUACAAAACAAGCCAAUAAGGAUUUGUAAAUAUUUAAGUAACUGAGCAUCGGGAACAAGGUCAAAGGCAACACGAACAAGGUCAAAAACCAAGCAAGCACAACCUUUCACAGGAAAGAAUGCGAAUGCGAUAGAUUACUUGCCUUCUCUUCUGACCGUCACAC